UAAAUCUCUCUCGUGCGACCGGCCCACUCAACUAACAUUUAGCUGGCCUUGCGCGGAAAUUCAAUUCGUCUGCUUUUCCAUGGCGCUUCUUCAGCUUUGCGGCACAGCGCCACGUCUCCUCCCUUCCCGCCACCGCUUGCCGGUCAGCGGCGUCUUUGACCGUCGGAGCUUCCUUUUAGCUAGAGAGACGAAGUUCGAACUUUCUAACUUGUCUUUGAAGAAUCGAUUUGCUACUGCUCGAUUUGCUCCUUUGAGAUGCGCUUCCGUCAACGGUUAUUCGACGGAGAACGGAGCUGGGAGGAUUGAUGUUGACGGAGCACUAGGAGAGGAGGAUGGAAAUGAGGAUGAGAUGCACCAACGGAUUCGGAAUUUCAUCGAGUUCCUGCCGUCAAUUUUACCCGGUGGGAACUGGUGGAGCUUAUCCGAUGACGUGGACGUGAAACUCGUGGCGGAGCCGGUGACCGUGUGGAAGGCGCUAGGGCGGAUGUGGCAGCUGGUGGCUCAGGAUCGUUGGGUCAUCUUCGCCGCGUUCUCCGCCCUAAUUCUGGCUGCGUUAUCAGAAAUCUCCAUACCACAUUACUUGACGGCGUCGAUUUUCACGGCACAGAGCGCCGACGUUACGACCUUCCACCGGAACGUCCGGCUGCUGGUUCUGCUGUGCGCUACUUCCGGGAUAUGCAGCGGGUUAAGAGGUUGCUGCUUUGGCAUUGCGAAUAUGAUCCUUGUGAAGCGGAUGAGAGAAACUCUUUACUCUUCAGUUCUUCUUCAGGAUAUUUCAUUUUUCGACAAUGAAACAGUUGGUGAUCUGACGAGCAGGCUUGGAUCGGACUGCCAACAAGUGUCUCGGGUUAUUGGGAAUGAUCUUAACCUAAUCUUGCGAAAUGUUGUGCAGGGUACGGGUGCAUUGACCUACUUGCUGAUCCUGUCUAGGCCGCUUGAUGUUUCUUCUGUAGUGAUUCCUAUGCUACCUUGGGGUAUUUUUGUUGGUAUUAGGUAUCAGAAGAAGGCAGCAAGACUAACCCAAGAUUUCACAGCUUCUGCCAAUGACGUGGCUCAAGAGACAUUUUCUUUGAUCAGGACAGUUCGUGUUUAUGGAACUGAAAUAUUAGAACGUGAAAGGUACAAUUUUUGGCUGGACAAAUUGGCUGAUAUCAGUCUCAAACAGAGUGCUGCAUAUGGAUUUUGGAACUUGAGCUUCAACACACUUUAUCACUCUACUCGGGUCAUUGCUGUGUUAUUAGGAGGCAUGUCUAUUCUUGCUGGUCAAAUUACAGCGGAGCAACUCACGAAGUUCAUAUUAUACAGCGAAUGGCUAAUAUUUUCUACUUGGUGGGUGGGUGACAAUUUAUCAUCUCUCAUGCAAUCUGUUGGCGCUAGUGAAAAGGUCUUCAAAAUGAUGGAUCUCUUGCCAAGUGACCAGUUCGCGACAAAAGGCAUGCUAUUUUCAUGCAUGAAUUAUUUGAUGAUUGAAUACUUCCUAAAUGUGAACCUUAUCAGAUCACAGCUACAAAAGCUGAGGGGAAGCAUAGAAUUCGAAAACAUAUCUUUCCAUUAUCCUUCUAGAGAGUCAGUGCAGGUACUGCAACAUGUAAACCUUACCGUACAUCCUGGGGAAGUGAUUGCAAUAGUUGGUCUUAGUGGUAGUGGGAAAAGCACUCUGGUGAAUUUGUUACUCCGCCUGUAUGAGCCAACAACUGGUCAGAUUUUGAUUGAUGGCAUUCCCCUUCAAGAACUGGACAUCAGAUGGUUUAGGGAAAGAAUUGGGUAUGUUGGCCAGGAACCCAAACUCUUCCGCAUGGAUCUGAGUUCAAACAUAAGUUACGGAUGUCCAGGAGAUGCAACCCAGGAGGAAAUCGAGCAUGCUGCUAAGGAGGCAUAUGCUCAUGACUUCAUCUCUUCAUUACCUAAUGGCUACAAAACCAUUGUUGAUGAUGAUUUGCUCAGCGGAGGUCAGAAGCAAAGAAUUGCUAUCGCUCGGGCUAUUCUCAGGGACCCUACGAUUUUGAUCCUUGAUGAAGCCACAAGUGCACUGGAUGCCGAGAGUGAGCACAAUGUUAAGGGAGUCAUUCAUUCCCUUAGAAGUGACUCAAUGUCAAGGAGAACUGUCAUAGUGAUCGCGCAUAGGCUCUCAACCAUACAAGCUGCUGAUCGCAUUGUCGUUAUGGGUAAUGGUCAAGUUAUCGAGAUGGGGAGACACAAGGAAUUGCUGCUUAAAGAUGGACUGUAUGCUCAAUUAACCAGAAGACAAGCCGACGCAGUGGCCUAAUUCUAAGUUGUGCGGAUUACUCUCGUUGGUGCACUGGCAUAGCAAAUCAAGCCGUCUUGAACAAGGCUUAUUUACCUCCUAUGGUCGUACUACAGAGGUAAAAAGAGGCAUUUCGGAAGUAAAUGUAAAAUGUGUUGGAAGUAAGAAGCACAAUUUUUGCGGAAGGAAUGUGAGGGAUCCAAAUUGUAUCCUUCACUAGCUUUGAACCCGGUCAAAGUGAUUUUUUAAAGAUAAUUUAGUUUGUGUCACAUGAAAUUAUUGUGUAUUAUGUUUUUACAAAACUAAAUGUUGUUAUAGUCAUAGAAUAAGAAAUGUGUCUUGUAAAUUAUGGCAGUGCAUGAGUCAUUUGGUGGUAUAUAAUUUAAUGAUAAUGAUAAAGUG